AAGCCAUUUCCAGUUUUUUCACACAACCACCACUAGAUCUAAAACAACUAACAUUUUCAAUUAUUUUUUAAAUUAUUGUUGCUCAAAUUUCUCACUACCAUAUAUUUUUAGACAUGUGCGUGAUUUUUUUAUAAUGACCAUAUUUGUCAAAAUCUCUUGUAUGGACUACAUCAUAGCCAGUUUUCGUUCUGCGUCUCUUUAAAUGUUAACUACGAACUGUUUCAACUGAUAACCUAUCUUUUUUUGUUAUUUCUAUUAUUAUUCAAUGGGAUUCUUUGCCGACUUGUUCAAAGUUGUCUAUUCCACAUGGAGACAAUAUAUUUACACUACUGGCGCUUUACUCACUCUCACGUGGAAAUGGUUCACAGAAGGAAAUGAGUAUUUUGUGGAACACGUAUAUCCUGAACCUGAGUGCUUGAAAAAUUGGAAUCACAAAUUCGUGCAGUUGAAAAAUAUUCGAAUGCAUUAUGUUGAAGAAGGUCCUGCAGAUGGAGAUGUUCUACUUAUGGUUCAUGGAUUUCCAGAAUUUUGGUAUUCAUGGAGAUUUCAACUAGAACAUUUCAAACAUACUCACAGAUGUAUCGCAAUCGACAUGCGAGGUUACAAUACAACUGAUCGUCCAUCUGGAAUUUCUGAUUAUAAUCUAACCCACUUAGUGGAAGAUAUUCGUCAAUUCAUUGAAAUUCUUGAAUUAAAACGAGUAACACUUGCUGCUCAUGAUUGGGGAGCAAUUGUUUGUUGGCGUGUUGCAAUGUUACAUUCAAAUCUUAUCGACCGACUUGUCAUUUGUAAUGUUCCUCAUCCAUUUGCAUUUUUUGAAGUCUACAAUAUGAGUAAAGAACAAAGAAAUAAAAGCUGGUAUAUUUAUCUGUUCCAGUCUCAAUACAUUCCAGAAAUCGCAAUGAGAUCUAAUAAAAUGAAAAUGUUAGAGGCAAUGUUUAGAGGGUCAAAAGCUGGAAUCCGGAAUUCGGAAAACUUCACAGAUGAGGAUAUGUUGGCAUGGAAACAUGUUUUCAGUCAGCCAGGCGGAACAACUGGUCCAUUAAACUAUUAUCGAGAUUUAUUCAAUGCUCCUGCUAUUCCUCGAAAACUUCAAAUUGUUCAGCCGAAAGUAUUGAUUCUUUGGGGUGAUGAAGAUGCUUUUUUGGAUAAAAAAGGAGCUGAAUUAUCUGUCCAGUUUUGCCGAGAUUGUCGUGUUCAAAUGAUCCGCGGAGCAUCUCAUUGGGUUCAACAAGAUCAGCCACAACUUGUCAAUGUAUAUAUGGAGCAAUUCAUGAACGAAGAUUCCUACAGACCUAUUGGAGAAAUCAAAACUUUCAAGUCCCACUUGUGAAUAGAUAAUUGUUUAUUUACAAUUAAGUUUUAUAAAUUUUUAAACAAAAUAAAUAUUUUUAUUU